GGCGGAGCGGCCGCGGCUCCGGGGCCGAGCCCGUGUCCCGCUGCCGCUCGGAGGGAGGAUGAGCCAGCGCCUCCCCGGGGAGCAGCGGGCGGCGCCGCCUGCGCAGGUUAUAAAGCAGCUAAAUGGAGUCUGAGCAGCUGUUUCAUAGAGGCUACUAUCGAAACAGUUACAAUAGUAUAACUAGUGCAAGCAGUGAUGAGGAGCUUUUAGAUGGAGCAGGAGUAAUUAUGGAUUUUCAGACCUCUGAAGAUGACAAUCUCCUCGAUGGUGAUGCGUCGAUUGGAACUCAUUAUACAAUGACAAAUGGAGGAAAUAUCAACAGUUCAACACAUUUACUGGAUCUUCUGGAUGAGCCAAUUCCCGGAGUAGGAACAUACGAUGACUUCCAUACCAUUGACUGGGUUCGAGAGAAGUGCAAAGACAGAGAAAGGCAUAGACGGAUUAACAGCAAGAAGAAAGAAUCAGCAUGGGAGAUGACAAAAAGUUUGUACGAUGCAUGGUCAGGAUGGCUCGUAGUCACGCUAACUGGUUUGGCAUCAGGGGCAUUGGCAGGUCUAAUUGACAUUGCUGCUGACUGGAUGACUGACUUAAAGGAAGGCAUUUGCCUUAGUGCUUUGUGGUUUAACCAUGAACAGUGUUGUUGGGGUUCAAAUGAGACCACAUUUGAAGAGAGAGAUAAAUGUCCGCAGUGGAAAACAUGGGCAGAACUAAUAAUUGGGCAAGCAGAAGGUCCAGGUUCAUACAUAAUGAACUACAUAAUGUACAUUUUCUGGGCAUUGAGCUUUGCCUUCCUAGCAGUUUCUCUGGUGAAGGUAUUUGCUCCCUAUGCCUGUGGCUCAGGGAUACCUGAGAUAAAAACUAUUUUGAGUGGCUUCAUCAUCAGAGGUUACUUGGGGAAGUGGACUUUGAUGAUAAAAACAAUUACUUUAGUAUUGGCUGUCGCAUCAGGUUUGAGUCUAGGAAAAGAGGGUCCCUUGGUACAUGUGGCCUGCUGCUGUGGGAAUAUUUUUUCCUACCUCUUCCCAAAAUACAGUACAAAUGAAGCUAAAAAAAGAGAGGUGUUGUCAGCUGCCUCAGCAGCGGGAGUUUCUGUAGCCUUUGGUGCCCCAAUUGGGGGAGUCCUUUUCAGUCUGGAGGAGGUCAGUUACUAUUUCCCACUGAAAACUUUAUGGAGAUCAUUUUUUGCUGCUUUAGUAGCUGCGUUUGUUUUAAGGUCCAUCAAUCCUUUUGGUAAUAGCCGCCUAGUUCUUUUUUAUGUGGAAUAUCACACUCCUUGGUACCUUUUUGAACUGCUUCCUUUUAUUCUUCUGGGAGUAUUUGGUGGGCUCUGGGGAGCGUUUUUCAUCCGAGCAAAUAUCGCAUGGUGUCGUCGACGCAAAUCUACAAAAUUUGGGAAGUAUCCUGUCCUGGAGGUUAUUAUUGUUGCAGCAAUAACAGCUGUCAUUGCAUUUCCUAAUCCAUAUACAAGGCUAAACACCAGUGAGCUUAUUAAGGAGCUCUUCACAGACUGUGGGCCGUUAGAAUCCUCCUCGCUCUGUGACUACAGAAAUGAUAUGAAUGCAAGCAAAAUAGUAGAUGAUAUUCCUGACCGUCCAGCAGGCACUGGAGUCUAUUCAGCUAUAUGGCAGUUGUGUUUAGCACUCAUAUUUAAAAUAAUCAUGACAGUCUUCACCUUUGGUAUCAAGGUUCCAUCUGGGUUGUUCAUACCUAGUAUGGCAAUUGGAGCAAUAGCAGGACGGAUUGUAGGAAUUGCAGUGGAGCAGCUGGCAUACUACCAUCAUGACUGGUUCAUUUUCAAGGAGUGGUGUGAAGUUGGAGCUGACUGUAUUACACCUGGUCUCUACGCCAUGGUUGGUGCUGCUGCGUGCUUAGGUGGUGUGACAAGGAUGACUGUGUCCCUGGUAGUUAUUGUCUUUGAGCUAACAGGAGGGCUGGAAUAUAUUGUGCCCCUUAUGGCUGCAGUCAUGACCAGUAAGUGGGUAGGAGAUGCCUUUGGUAGGGAAGGCAUCUAUGAGGCACACAUCCGACUGAAUGGAUAUCCUUUCUUGGAUGCAAAGGAAGAAUUUACUCACACGACACUGGCUGCUGAUGUUAUGAGACCUCGAAGAAGCGAUCCACCUUUAGCAGUUCUGACACAGGAUAAUAUGACAGUUGAAGACAUAGAAAACUUGAUCAACGAAACCAGCUAUAAUGGUUUUCCUGUUAUUAUGUCAAAAGAAUCACAGAGACUGGUGGGCUUUGCUCUAAGAAGAGAUUUAACUAUUGCAAUAGAAAGUGCUAGAAAGAAGCAGGAAGGGAUUGUUGGCAGUUCCAGGGUCUGUUUUGCCCAGCAUACCCCAUCGCUUCCAGCAGAAAGCCCUCGACCUUUGAAGCUUAGAAGCAUACUUGAUAUGAGUCCUUUCACCGUGACAGACCACACACCAAUGGAAAUAGUGGUGGAUAUUUUCCGGAAGCUGGGUCUGAGGCAGUGCCUUGUAACACACAACGGGCGCCUCCUUGGCAUUAUAACAAAAAAAGAUAUCCUCCGUCAUAUGGCCCAGACGGCAAACCAAGACCCCGCCUCCAUAAUGUUCAACUGAAACCCAUAGCUGAGGAGAGAGAGGAAACGGAAGAGGAGGUUCAUUUGUUGAAUAGCACAACACUUUAGUCUGGGGAGUACUUCUAAAAUCAGAGACAAGAGCUGGGGUUUUGUGUGACAGUGCUGCUGGCAAUCAGGAGUCGGUCUGGAGGAGUAUGUGGAGAGGAGGAAAAUUGAUGGGAGUGUGGGAAGGGAGAGCUGCUGUCCUGCACUGGAUGCGUCCCGAGGCAUCAGGUCUGCCAUGAUAGUGCAGCGCCAUUCUCCAGCCCCAGCCUGGUACUUCAGCAUAGAAGAGAUGUGUUAUUAAUCCCUGUUUCUGGAGGGAUUGUUCUGAAUUGAGCCAUCUUGUGGAGGCUGAAAGGUCUUUCCCUUUUUACCAUUGAAAACUGUUGUGUUAACUCAUGAAACGUAUUAACUAUUACACGUCACCUUUCUACAUUCCAGAAGAGCUUUAUUUCUCUCUCUCCUGAGCCGUAAGAAAGCCUCUUUAAAAUUGGUGUGUCCUUUUGAAGCAGUUGUUUCUCAUAUUGAGAUGUACUGUGAGUUACUGAGAUUUGAUCACAAGAAGGAGGUUUUUCUUGUGCCAUUAAACAUGUGAGUUUGUACAUCAUGAAACGCUUGGGGCAGUACAGAUCCACUGCAACAAAACCAGAUUGAACAGGUAAUACCUUGCAAGAACCAUGUGAGGCUUCUUUCAACCCAUGUGCUGUCAUGAUAUGAGAAAACUAAAACCAGAUGAAACUAGCAUUUCAAAGAAAAAUACUGGUUUUGCUGCAGAAAAUAUCAAUAAUGUGACCUGGUCUUAUGCAAUUUUUGUAUUAUUGAAAACACUAUGAUAUAUACCAAUGUUGUGCAGUAUAAGGAAAAAUACUGCUAUACUACUAGUUUAAGAGCUGGAACAAUUCUGUAUACGUGUAUCUGGUAAAAAUUGCAUGCUACAACACUGGAGAUCUUUUUUCCCCCCCUGUAAAAUUUGAGAGCGGUCAUUUUAUUUUUUUCUUCUCCACAAAAGAUGUUCCACUGCUGACACGGUAGGAAGAAAUGUAACUCAUAACUUGCACUAAAUGUAUAUUAUUUUUCUUGAAGUUUUACCAUUCUUUAUUUAUAUUUGUAUGGAUUAAAAAAUCUAUUAAAUAUGAAUCAGUUAAUAUCUCACAUAACUAAUUACCUUUUUAAUGUGAUUUUAUAGAAUAAUUCAUAAUCCUCUGCAAGUAAUGGAGGAUUAGCAAAUGUUUACAACUAGAUGAAGGGUUUCAACAAAAUGGCUUCUUUAUGAUCCAACAUACAUACAAGAUCAUUUUCAAAUAUAACUUUCACUGCCGUUACCUUGGAUUUCCUUGUUCCUUUACUAGCAGAUAACUGGAACAGUAAUAUUAAAAUUUUAUUUAAAAACAACCUGCAGGGUUUUAAAAUUAAUAGGAGAAAGCAACUAUAUAGAUUGCUUUUGGCUCUUUUUUUUUUUUCUCCCAAGUACAUAGAGGUGUAAAUUAUAUGUAGCCACACCUGAGCAGCCGGGCAGAAUUGAAUGCAGUACUUGAAACUUUGGCAGGACUUUAAAAUUCAGCAGCAACACACACACUAGUAGAUGAACUGACAGAUUCCUAACUUCUUUACAGUAGAUUAUUUUGUUUCAUAUUCAUUUUAUCAAGCCACCACCACAAAUGUACACAGAGGAAAAAAAGCAAUAUACUAUAAGCCUAAACUAGGGAGGAAAAAAUUAAGAAAUCUGGCUGACAAAAAUCAUGUUUCGUUACAUGGGGUCGGAUAAAAUUUCUUUCUUUUAACAAUUAUGCUCACAAGACUGCAAGAAUUCCAAAAAUAUAGGCAUUAAAAUUAAAAUAACAAGUAUGGCAUUCAUCACAGUUAUCUCAACCAUCUUUAUUCACCAAGUACUCAGUAUGAUUUUAAGUACAAUAACACACUGAACCAAAAUUCUGGUACUUUUGGCAAGCUGCAAAAUAAUGCCUGUACUUAAGGAAGUGCACUGCUGAAUUUUAACCGAUUUUUCUUAGUUAAAAACUGCCAUUGACACUUCAUCAUCUCAUCUCUUGCAGCAACUGGAACCAGUAGAAAGUGAAAUGUGCCAGUGCGCUCACAGUGAUCAGGCCCUGUAUUAAAAAUGGCUUUGGAACUGAAACAGGGAAUCGGGCUGUGUUAAAACAGGAGUGUUGCAGCCACCUGUAGACUUCCAGGUGGAGUGCUGGUGGUUAAAAAUUUGCUGUUACAUUGCGUAAGCCUGAAGAAGAAGAAAAUUCACAAAGAGCAGGAUUUGGCCCAUUUACAGAAGACAGCUCUGGAAGUUGUCCGUUUUUUUUCCUACAAUGGAAGAAUAUAAACACACUACACAUACAAAAAUUGCUUUAAAUCAGUUUGAAAUUUUUGCCAUGUCUAAUGCUCUCCUAAAACACUGCUGUGUGUGCUGUAUUAACUUGCACCUAAUUCUACAGACUGUACUAUCUGAAUUAAAAUACAGUUCACGCCCCUGCUGUGUUUUAUAAUUUGUGUAGAUCCCGAGUGCUGCAUAUAAAUUGUGCAUCUCUGUUUACUCUUCUUAACCUGCUAAGCUUUCCCUGUUGACAUGUCUUCUGGUAAACAUGCAGUAGAGGUUCUGGUAAGGAAGUAUGUGUGCCUGUGCUGUGAAACAAAAAUGUCCUAAUGUAAAACUUGCAGCGCCUUACUCGAGUUACUAAUUUGAAAAAAAAUGUGGUGGAUGGGAGGGGGAAAGUGUCAGCAUUUUUUAUUUUUUCAACCAUUCAGAUACUGGUUCAUGAAGAAUGCAUUCUUUGUUAAUCUGUGAUGUUGCCUAGAGCUGUAUUUAAUAUUGAUCUUAAUGUUUUUAUUUAUAAUAGUGUGGUAGAGCUGCAUAUCAUUACAGUAAAAAUUCUCAUUACUGUGAUGAUUUAAUCAAGCAUUAAAAACUUCUGUAUGACCACUUA